GUCCUUAUAACACUCUGUAUUCCCCCCCUCUCCUUCAGCAAACUAAGGAGCGUGUCAAGCUGCUGAUCCAACUGGCUGACGGCUUCUGUGAGAAAGGCCACAGUCACGCUGGAGAGAUCAAGAAAUGGGUGACGGCUGUGGACAAGCGCUACCGAGACUUCUCCCUGCGCAUGGACAAGUACCGCUGCAGCCUGGAGAAAGCCCUCGGCAUCUCCUCGGACUCUAACAAGGCCAGUAAGGAUCUCCAGUUGGACAUCAUCCCUGCCACGGCUCCGGGGUCGGAGGUCAAACUGCGCGAUGCCGCUCACGAGCUCAACGAGGAGAAACGCAAGUCGGCGCGCAGGAAGGAGUUCAUCAUGGCAGAGCUGAUUCAGACGGAGAAAGCCUACGUGCGAGACCUGCGGGAGUGCAUGGAUACCUACCUGUGGGAGAUGACCAGCGGCGUGGAGGAGAUUCCUCCAGGGAUCAUCAACAAGGAGCACAUCAUCUUUGGAAACAUGCAGGACCUAUUCGAGUUCCACCAUAAUAUCUUCCUCAAAGAGUUGGAGAAAUAUGAGCAGCUACCGGAGGAUGUUGGGCAUUGCUUCGUCACAUGGGCUGACAAGUUCCAGAUGUAUGUGAACUACUGUAAGAACAAGCCCGACUCCACCCAGCUCAUCCUAGAGCAUGCUGGGAACUACUUUGAUGAAAUUCAACAGAGGCACCGAUUGGCCAACUCCAUCUCCUCCUAUCUGAUCAAACCUGUGCAGAGAAUCACCAAAUACCAGCUCCUGCUGAAGGAGCUGCUGACUUGCUGUGAAGAAGGGAAGGGAGAAAUAAAGGACGGCCUGGAGGUGAUGCUCAGUGUCCCUAAGAAAGCCAACGAUGCCAUGCACCUCUCCAUGCUGGAAGGUUUCGAUGAAAACCUGGAGUCCCAGGGCGAGCUCAUUCUCCAGGAUUCCUUCCAGGUGUGGGACCCAAAGACUCUGAUCCGAAAGGGUCGGGAGCGCCACCUCUUCCUCUUUGAGAUGUCCCUCAUCUUCAGCAAGGAGGUCAAGGACUCAAACGGCAGGAGCAAAUACAUCUACAAGAGCAAACUCUUUACGUCAGAGUUGGGGGUGACGGAGCACGUAGAAGGAGACCCCUGUAAGUUUGCUCUGUGGGUGGGACGCACCCCGACGUCUGACAACAAGAUUGUGCUCAAGCUAAGUCAGGGAUCCAAACACAUGGCGUCCAGCAUCGAGAACAAGCAGGACUGGAUCAAACACAUCAGAGAGGUGAUUCAGGAGCGCUCCAUCCACCUGAGAGGAGCGCUGAAGGAGCCCAUUCAUAUCCCCAAAACAACCACCGCCAAGCACCACAAGGGCAGGGGAAGGGACGGAGAGGACCUGGACAGUCAGGGUGAAGGCAGCAGCCAACCAGACACCAUCUCUCUGGCAUCCCGCACUUCACAGAACACACUGGACAGCGACAAACUCUCCGGUGGCUGUGAGCUAACGGUGGUGAUUCACGACUUCAUGGCGAGCAACAGCAACGAGCUGACGGUGCGCCGCGGUCAGACGGUGGAGGUUCUGGAGCGCUGCCACGAGAAGCCGGACUGGUGCCUGGUCCGCACCACAGACCGCUCCCCCGCCAUGGAGGGGCUGGUGCCCUGCUCCAUGCUCUGCAUCGCACACUCACGCUCAUCCAUGGAGAUGGAGGGCAUCUACAACCACAAAGACACUCUGUCAGUGUGCAGCAACGACUCCAUCAUGCCGGGGUCGUCCGCCACGCUGCAGCCGGGUCACGGCAUCGGUUCCCACACCUCACCGGGGCCCAAAAGACCAGGUAACACGCUGCGGAAGUGGCUCACCAGCCCAGUGCGCAGACUAAGCAGCGGCAAGGCGGACGGCCACGUGAAGAAGCUCGCCCACAAACACAAGAAGAGCCGCGACGUGAGGAAGAGCGGAGAGAUGACGAUGGGGUCGCAGAAAGACUCGGACGACAGCGCCGCUACGCCUCAGGACGAGACCGUGGAGGAGAGGGUUCGUAACGAGGGCCUGUCGAGCGGCACGCUGUCCAAGUCCAGUUCCUCGGGCAUGCAGAGCUGCGGAGAGGAGGAGGGCGAGGAGGGGGCCGACUCGGUGCCCCUGCCCCCCCCCAUGGCCAUCCAGCAGCACAGCCUGCUGCAGCCAGACUCACAGGACGACAAGACCUCUUCUCGCCUGUCGGUCCGUCCCUCCAGUUCGGAGACGCCCAGCGCCGCGGAGCUGGUGAGCGCCAUCGAGGAGCUGGUCAAAAGCAAGAUGGCUCUGGAGGACAGACCCAGCUCUCUGUCAGUGGAGCAGGGGGACAGCAGCUCUCCCUCCUUCAACCCCUCUGACAACUCCCUCCUCUCCUCCUCCUCCCCCAUGGACGAGGUGGACGAACGCAGGAACAGCGUGCUCAAGAAAAGACAUUACAUCCUGCUGGAGUUGGUGGAGACGGAGAGGGAUUAUGUCAGAGACCUGGGCCUGGUGGUGGAGGGCUACAUGACUCGGAUGAAGGAGGAGGGUGUCCCUGAUGAUAUGAAGGGAAAAGACAAAAUCGUGUUUGGCAACAUCUACCAGAUCUACGACUGGCACAAAGACUUCUUUCUCGGGGAGUUGGAGAAAUGUCUGGAGGACCCCGACAGGCUGGGACCGCUCUUUCUCAAACAGGAACGGAGACUGAACAUGUACGUAGUGUACUGUCAGAACAAGCCCAAGUCGGAGCACAUCGUCUCAGAGUACAUCGACACCUAUUUCGAGGACCUGAAGCAGCGGCUGGGCCAGCGGCUGCAGAUCACAGACCUGCUCAUCAAGCCCGUCCAGAGGAUCAUGAAGUACCAGCUGCUGCUCAAGGAUUUCUUGAAACACUCUAAAAAGGCUGGGCUGGAGUCCAUGGAGUUAGAGAAAGCAGUGGAGGUCAUGUGCAUCGUGCCAAAAAGAUGUAAUGACAUGAUGAAUGUCGGCCGCCUUCAGGGAUACGAUGGGAAGAUCGUGGCUCAGGGUCGCCUCUUGCUGCAGGACACGUUCAUGGUGUCCGACACCGAGGGUCGGAGGAAGGAGAGGAGAAUCUUCCUCUUUGAGCAGGUGGUCAUCUUCAGCGAGCCCCUCGACAAGAAGAAGGGUUUCUCCUUACCAGGCUUCCUCUACAAGAACAGCAUCAAGGUGAACUGUCUGGGUUUGGAGGAGAGCAUGGACACUGAUCUCUGUACCCUCAUCCUCACUUCGCGCUCCACCAACGCCCCCCUGGAGUCCUUCGUGCUUCACUCCGCCCACCCAGGGGUGCGCGAGGUGUGGACCCUUCAGAUCGGCCAGAUCCUCGAGAGCCAACGCAACUUCCUCAACGCUCUGACCUCACCAAUAGAGUAUCAGAGGAACCAUGUGGGGGCCAGCGGGGGGCCGUGUGUUGGGGCUCCGGGGGGAGGCAGCAGUGCGGCCCCUGCAGUCGGAAGUGAAAGCCCCCAGCCCUCCAUCCCUUCAGGGCCCCAGGGUGGCUCUCGCCGGCCCUCCAGGAUCCCGCAGCCCUCCCGCCUGCCCCAGCCCCUCCGCCACCCCCGACCCCGACGGCCCCAACAAGAUGUCAGGUUCAUCCCCAAGUCCCGCCCCUCCUCCCGCCCUCCCUACGGGGGGAAGCCCCCAGGGAAAGCGCCCCCUCCAGACCCCUGAGGACCCAGCACUGACCCCCCCUCCUGCCGGUGCUGUAGCCUCUGUUCCCCGCGCCACCGUCGGGCCCCUGCCCUCCACACCCACUUCC